GCUAGAGAUCAAUCAUCAACUAUAUUAAAACCUGAGCAAGGACGGUUUCGACUCUAAGGUUCAGUAUACAAUUAUUUAUGUCAGCCAAGGCAGAGUGUAAGAAUAUUGACUUCUACACUCGGUUUAAUUACCCAUGAAGGUUCCGUCUUAAUUACGCCAGCCUGCAAUCAUGGAUUUCUCCCUUCCUCCAGAAUUGAUACAAUACCUUAAAGACAUCGACACUUUCAUCGACUCCGAAAUUGCACCACUUCAAGCCAGGGACGACAACAACCGCUUCUUCGAUCACCGCCGUGAACACGCCCGCACUGACUGGGACGCCGGUGGCCUCCCACGCCACGACUGGGAAGCACUGCUGGGCGAAGCUCGCCGUUUAGCUGAUGAAGCUGGCUUCUUUCGCUUCUCGCUGCCUGAGCAGUAUGGCGGACAAAACAUAUCUUCCGCACGUGGUGCAAAUCUGUGGAUGGCUGUCAUCCGCGAGCAUCUGGCAUCCAAAGGCCUAGGACUGUUCAAUGACCUGCAGAAUGAGCAUAGUAUCGUAGGAAACUUUCCAGAUGUGGUCAUGGUGCAGCAUUUUGGGUCGGAGGAGCAGAAGAAGGAGUUGAUCCAAGGGCGGUUGAAAGGGCAAGUCAGGAUUACGUUCGGGUUAACGGAGUUGGAUCAUGGCAGUGAUGCGACGCAUAUGGAAACAAAAGCAGUGAAGGAGAUCAGGAACGGGGUUGCCGGGUGGAGGAUAAAUGGUGGAAAGAGGUGGCAGACAGGUAUGCAUGUUGCCACGCAUUGUUUCAUCUUCGCAAGGACGAGUGGUCAAGAUGGACAGGCAAAAGGGAUCAGUUGUUUUGUCGUUCCGAGAGAUACGACAGGUUUGAAGGUGGAUAGCUUUGAGUGGACACUCAACAUGCCUACCGAUCACGCAACGAUUACUCUCGACAACGUCUGGGUGCCUUCGACCGCAGUGAUGGGUCCUCUUGAUAAUGGCCUCGCAGUCGCGCAGGCCUUCGUACACGAGAAUCGUAUCCGACAAGCAGCUUCUUCACUCGGUGCGGCCGUAUACUGCAUCAACGAAUCAGUCGCAUACGCAAACCAACGCAAGCCAUUUGGCACGCCGCUCUCCCACAACCAAGGCAUCCAAUUUCCACUCGUCGAACUACACACGCAAGCUUCCAUGUUGCGUUUGCUAAUCAGGCAAACAGCAGCACUUAUGGACUCGAUGGAUCACGUCGAAGUGGAGAAGAGGCUAGGGGAUAAAGUGUCGAUGUGCAACUACUGGGCGAAUAGGUUAUGCACCGAAGCAGCGGACAGGGCAAUUCAGGUGCAUGGCGGGAAUGGAUAUAGCAGACACAAGCCGUUUGAGCACAUCUGGAGGCACCAUCGUAGGUAUCGUAUCACGGAGGGCAGCGAAGAGAUUCAAAUGAGGAAAAUUGCGGCAUAUCUGUUUGGGUUCGGAGGACGUAAAAGCGAGAGCAAACUAUAGUUUGUGCCAUCCAUUGUUUCAUCACAGACUCAAGGUUUGCCGUUUCCCGACGAUGUAUGAAAGCUCUAUGGUCGUUUUUUGAGUACAUGAAUCGAGGUAUAUCAUGAUAAUGAAAGUGAAAGCGAAGUCGUAAUCGACUGUCCAGCAGCU